AUGGGAUCGAAGGGAAGCAGUCUGUCAACAGAGGUCUCCUCCAAAGUCUAUUCGCGAGAUCGUCUCAAAGUUGUUUCAUGGGAUGACCUGCGCAAGGCACUCAAGGACGAACUGGAACUGGUCCUCGAGUCAAACCAGCUCACCUACACCGCCUCAAGAGUCACCAACCCACUCACAACCGCCUUGACCGCCAUCCCCAGUACGAUAGCAACAGCCGCAAAAGAUGCACCAUCAAUAACCGAUGCUAAUAUUACUGGCCAGGAGCAGGUUGCGGCAGGGGAGGCACUAUCGACUGAUGCCACUACAAAGGCCAGUGAAGAUGACCAGCCACAUGUGCCAGAAAAUGACCAGGAAAAGCAGCAGCCGCAGGACACAUAUGCACGAGAAGCCAUUACUACUACUACUACUGCGGAGGCUGCUGACAAGAAGCCAGAGGAGAGCGUCGGCCAAGUUGAAGGAGGGCAAGCAACAUCAACUGAGGCUAUUGUCUCCAAGGACGAUACCCCUGAAGAAGCCGAAGCUAAGGAUAAGGAGGCCCAGGAAGACUCUAAUGGGCCAGCAUCUGUUGAGAAGCAAGACGAUGACGAUAACAAGAACAAGGAAAAGACACCAGAGCAGCAGGAGCAAGGACAACCUGUUAACGAAGAUGCUGCCAAUGUUGUCCCCAUCUCGAUCAACACGCUUUUACUCGAGACACCUCAGGGAUACCAUGACCGCAUCAGGGGACUGUUGGAUGCCUUCUCGAGCGCGCCAUUCACUAUCCAGCGCGUCUGCGAACUUAUUUCCAGCCCCACCGAGCAUCAUACCAACCUCAUCAAAUACCUCCGCGCCGUCGAAAAGGUGUUGAUGAUUACAUCGUCAAUCAGCGAGUUCUCGAACCCUGCAUACAAUGGACCGAGCGCACUUGACGAGAAGGACGAUGAAGCCCAUCAGCGCGGUGGCGAGGGGACCGUCAAUGGAGACUAUUCUCAGUCCAAGAAUCUGGACUUUUCACUCAUCUCCACCAAGAGACCCUCCUCGGACGGAUCAGACGACGAGGAUGAGGAAGCCUUUGGAGCAAGAGUGUCUGCCCGUGGCAACAACAUCAACGGCAAAGAGGCUUAUGAUGCUGUGUUGGCAGAUGUCGACGCAUUUGAGGCACAGUUUGGUACUGGAAAGGAGAAACUUGGCGAUGAGGAGGCUGUGGUGAAUGACGAGGAGGAGGAUGACCUGUCGGCGUUGGAGGCAGAAGACAAUGCAGCAGAAGCGACGACGACGACAGCAACAGCAGGAGAUGUCGCCGAGGAGAUGGAUGUGGAUGAUGACCAGAUUGCGGGAGGAACAACAGGAGUAACAUCGACUAUGGAGGGUGUUGAGAGCGAGAGGUUGUCUGAGACGGCUGUUGAGGGUGGCAUGGAGGUUGACCAGGCGUAG